GUUGAUAGUAACAGAUACAUGUAUGCAGAUCUCACAGGAAUGGAUGAAGACCAGAAGAGAUAAACUGAAGAAAGAUGUUCUCUUAUUGUUUAAGACUUGCACCAACAAUUUAGAUAGAAUGACACUGGUGGAUGUAGUCCAACGCCUAGGAAUAGAACACCUGUUUGAAGAACAGACGGCUACUGCACUAACUGACAUCCAUCGAAGUGAAUUCAACAGCUCUAAUCUCCAUGAUGUAUCUCUUCGGUUCCGCCUUCUUCGGGAACAUGGACUUUGGGUAUCUCCAGAUGUGUUCAAAACUUUCAAAGGAGAAGAUGGCACGUUUAACCAUGAUAUAACAAAAGAUCCAAAGGGACUCUUAUGUUUCUACAAUGCAGCAUACGUGUUAACCCAUGGCGAGCCAUUACUCGAAGAGGCCAUCUCUUUCACGAAAUAUCAUCUGGAAUCUUUGGCACCAAGCCUCGUCUCCCCUUUAGCUGAGCAGGUCAAGCGUGCCUUGCAUGUACCCUUGCCAAGGACCUACAGGAGGUUGGAGGCACUGCAAUACAUGCCAGAAUACGAAAAAGAAGUAGGGUACAAUCCAACUCUUCUAGAGCUUGCAAAGCUGGAAUUUAACCUCCUCCAGAGUGUCCACUUGAAGGAGCUCAAAGCUAUCUCAGAGUAU